ACCGCCGCCUCUUGAAGCUAGAGCGGCAGAGCGGCCAUGGCAGCGGCGGCAGAGGCGGCCUCGGGUUCCGUGUGGUGUUGCCUGCGCUGGGCUUGUUGUGGAGAAGGCAGCGCCGGGCAUAUCCCUCUCAAGGAGAUGCCGUCGGUGCUGCUGGACACGCAACAGAUGGGAACAGAUGUUGUUGUUGUCAAAAAUGGACGACGAGUAUGCGGUACAGGAGGUUGCUUAGCUAAUGCUCCUUUGCAUCAGAACAAGAGUUAUUUUGAGUUUAAAAUCCAAUCUACAGGAAUCUGGGGUAUUGGAGUUGCAACUCAAAAAGUCAAUUUGAAUCAAAUUCCUCUUGGGAAUGAUGUGAAUAGCCUAGUUCUGAGAAAUGAUGGAACUCUUUACUACAACAAUGAAGAAAAGAACAGAUUGCCAGCAAACAGUCUGCCACAGGAGGGUGAUGUUGUAGGAAUUACGUAUGACCAUGUAGAACUAAAUGUUUAUUUAAAUGGAAAGAAUAUGCACUGUCCAGCCUCAGGAAUCAGAGGAACAGUCUUCCCUGUGGUCUAUGUUGAUGACAGUGCCAUUUUGGAUUGUCAGUUCAGUGACUUCUAUCAUGCUCCUCCUGCAGGCUUUGAAAAGAUACUCUUUGAACAGCAGAUUUUCUGAAGGGUCCUACUGCAGAUUUAUUCACUAGCACUUUUUACAAUCCAUUCUUUCAAAACUUCACAUUACUCCCAGAAUACUAAUCCUGUAUUUGAUAAGUCUAUUUAAUGUUUGGGAAAAUACCAGAUUAUCUGAGAAGUAUGUUGCAGGUGUUAGAUUUAACUACUGUUUGUGAUAUGGAUAUUUGUCUUUGAUGUAAAGCGAUAAAGCUGACAGUAUUUAGUGACCAUGGGCUCUAAGAAUGCUUGUUUUGUAAAUGUUGUAUUUCUACAAAAUUGCAGAGUCUAAUGGUUAAUCAACAAUUCUUCUCUAAUAUAUGUAGUAAUCAGCAAAACUGAUUACAAGUAUUUUGAACAUAACACACAAUGAAAAUAUUGACAUCUGUUACCCUUUUUAAUUGCUGCAGUUCUAAUGUUUAUUUCUGAGGACUUGUGUUAAAAUUAGGAUAAAUUGCUGUCUGUUAAAAGCCAGGCCAAUAGUAUCUAUCUUACUAAAACUGUCACUGGAACAAACAAAAAGGUACUGAAUAGCCAGUUGCUUGUUGUGAUAAAACUUUAUUUUUUAAUUCUUAAUUACACUUUUGGAGUUCCCCAAGACAUAUAAAAUGUACAGACUACUCUUCUCUUUGUUUUUAUGGUUGUUUUAAAUGGAUUUUCGUGCACUGAGAAUAUUUAUAUAGCAUUCCUGUACAUCUAGAACUAUGAAACUUGCUGUAAGGGUAUUGCUAUAUCAAAAUGAUAAGGCUUUGUCUUUCCUUGUUUUUUGUUGUGUGGGAUAGGGAGUGGGAAUAACUAUCUGAGAUUCUCUGGUCACAUUUCAUAUGUUUAACUAUACCAUAGCAAAUAAGUGAAAAAGUGAUUUGCUCUAUUUUAUUAUAUAGGUUUUGUAGUCUUAAGAGAUUUAUAGAAUGUGAUUUCUUCAUAAUAUACUAAUACUGGAAAUACUUCCCUAUUAACUUUAUUAUUCCUCAGGGAGGUGUCCUUUUACAGCCUUUUAGGAAAUUCUUUUCAAACAGCCCUUUACAGAUACACACAUGAAUUCAGUUUGUGCCACUGGAAAAUAUUCUGAAACUCCAAAUUCUGAACUUAGAAGGAUAUAUAUAAAAUGUUUGGUCUGCUACUAUAAGGUCAUGCAUUUAACACAAUUACUACAAUAGCCAAAGUUUCUGGUCAGUGUACCUACAAGGGAUGAAAAGGGCAAUAGUAACAAAAAGUAUAUGCUCUCAAGUAUAUUUUUGCUAUAUUUGUCCCCUUAAAAUUAAAGACAAUAUUCUAAAGUAUGUGUAACAAACAACUCUUUUUGUUACUAUGAGGCAUUUAAAAAGAUGAAAAAGGUAUAGUUGAGAAAAUAAACAUAAAUUUAAAAUAUUUUUAGAAUUGAAUUUGACAUAAAAUUCAUUUACAAAUUUUAAUUAUAUGCCAUCCUGGAUAAUUUUUAUUUCAUGCUCUUUUCCUGGUCCUCUUAAAAGUAUCUGUUUGGCUACAGCAGAGAUAACAUGUUUUAUUUAUAACAUUAGACAUGAAUUUAAACUCUGCCUUUUUAAUAUUCUGGCCUUGUCAAGUUUUUGUUCAAUAAUGUUAACUCUUUGCUUGUCAUCUUCAGACACUAAAUAAAUCUGAAUGUGAUCCUCAAGCCAAAAAAAGUUUCUCUCCACUACAUUACUGGAAGUCUGAUAACAUGUCAUUGGAUUUUACCUAUUUUAUCUUCAGGAAUAUAUUUAUUGAACAUUUCAUGUAUUAUCAGUCAAUAUUAAGGUUUUCACAAACCACCCUUCACAUUUUCUGAAUGUAGGUUUUCAAAAUAAAUUGCUGCUUAUGUACUCUCUAAUAAAAUCAGUUUUAUUUUAA